ACCCGUCACUCAUUUACUACUAUAUCCUAUCCGUUUGCAGCGAAAAUGCACCCAUCUCCGGUGCUUCUAAAGCUCAUCGUCGUAUCUAUUUUGCUCACAGUAACUACAGUCAUCGGAUACCGUCCAUGGCCUCAUUUAAAACCCAACACCUCCGACUUAAUGUACGGAAGCUCCAAGAAAUUCGAGGGCUCAUCGGAGUUCGUUCAAAUGAGAUACCACAUGGGUCCAGUCCUCACUGCCAACAUCACCAUCCACAUUAUCUGGUACGGCCGAUGGCAGAAGUCCCAGAAGAAGAUCAUCCGUGAGUUCAUCAACUCCAUCUCCGCAGUUGACGCCAAGCGACCUUCUGUCGCCGGGUGGUGGAAGACCGUACAACUUUAUACAGACCAAACGGGUGCCAACAUCUCCCACACGGUUCAUUUAGGGGAAGAGAAGAAUGACCGCUUUUACUCCCACGGGAAGUCCCUCACGCGCCUCUCGAUACAGUCCGUGAUAAAAAGUGCGGUGACCGCGCGUACGAAACCGCUGCCGAUAAACCCCAAAGGCGGACUCUUCCUCCUGCUCACCUCCGAUGACGUGUAUGUCCAGGAUUUUUGCGGCCAGGUGUGUGGGUUCCAUUACUUCACAUUCCCGUCCAUCGUGGGGUACACGCUCCCUUACGCGUGGGUUGGUAACUCGGCGAAGCUUUGUCCUGGCGUGUGCGCCUAUCCCUUCGCCGUGCCGGCGUACAUGACGGGGUUGAAGCCGUUAAAGUCACCCAACGGUGACGCGGGAGUGGACGGGAUGAUAAGCGUUAUAGGACACGAAAUUGCUGAGCUGGCAACCAACCCCUUGGUGAACGCUUGGUAUGCCGGGCAAGACCCCGUGGCACCCGUCGAAAUAGCGGAUUUAUGUGAGGGUAUCUAUGGAACUGGAGGCGGUGGAUCUUACACGGGACAGAUGUUGAACGAUAGAGAUGGUGCCACGUUUAAUAUGAAUGGGAUCAGACGGAGGUACUUGGUUCAGUGGGUUUGGAAUCAUAUUGUUAAUUACUGUACUGGGCCUAACGCUCUCGAUCAAUAAUUUAUUAUAAUUUUAGGGUUUUUUUUUCAUUGUUUUUGGAUUUCCUGGUAUUGUCCUAUCUUGUAGUUGGGUUUAUUAAAUUUGUACCUUUUGUA